UCAUUCCUGGUGGUUCCCCCUUUGGUGGCUCCACGGAGGGGCGUCCGCUCGUUUCUCGGGGGUGAAGCUGUGAUUGACCCUGGUCACCAGUUAGCGCCUUGCAGGGAAAUAGUCGGAGGACACCGUGGUUUCAUUCAGCAGUGGGACGUUUCCUCCCUAGACUUGCCACUUUUUCAUCCCGCUGAUUUAUUCCUGACAGUUUCUUCGUCUGUUUGUCUGCACGACUCCAUCCCGUCCAUCUGUCCCUCCUGGAGCAGCCAGGAGGCUGCUCCUCCCCCACUGGCAGCCUGCCGGCCAGGUGGUCUCUGAUCUUUGAUCCUCACCUGUCCUCAGGCUGAGUCGUGGAAGCUUUUCUCCAGGGCGCCUUGCCUCUCCUUCUGGUGGCCGGGCCGUGGCUGGGGCCUCUUUGGCCCUUGUGAGCUGUGUCCAGAAGCAGGACCCCAGGUCACCUUGGUGGCCGCAUCCUUGAUGCCCGCCACCUCGAGCCCCCUGUGUGCUUCUGGGGGUCUUCGGAGCCUCCACGUCAAGUCCUGUCCUGAGUCGGAUCUUCUUGGGAGCCCGGGCCCCUGGUGAGAUUUCCACUUCUGCCAGCCUGAUCUUGAUCCCCAGGGACCCUGUUCUGGUGACUUUUAAAGCAGCACGUCCUGCUUGCCGGUGGGCACUCGGCUCCCCCUGCCCGUCUCCUGCCUUGGCUCAGCCCCCAGGGCACUGAAGGGUGACCAGAAGCUCGGGGCUGCUCAGCUGCUUUCUCUGUCCAGGCCUCUCCUUGGGGCCCUGAUUUCUCUCCUCAAGGUCUAUCCUGUGCCUGUUGAAUUCCCCAGAGAAGGCUCUUCUGGCGUCCGGCCUGGAGGGCCACCCGCCCGGGUCUCUGCUUUCCCUGCCGCCUCGGCUUCCAUCACAGCCCAGGGGCCUCGUUCCCUGCCUGGUCUUGGCUGCUUCUCUGUAGUGGCCGCUCCUUAUUCCAGCCCCCCAGCCCCACCCCCGGAGCCGCUGGAGGAGCCCUCCAGGCCUCAGACCCCCAUCGCCUGACAAAGCAAAAGCAAGCAAACAACUAGGAAUCCUGGUAUGACUUAGUGAGUCUUGUCAAGAAGGAACAAGACAGGACCGUCCAUUCCGAAGUUGAUUUCAUUUGUUUGUUUGUUUGUUUUGGGGCUGGGCCACAUGGCUUGUGGGAUCUUAGUUCCCCGACCAGGGAUUGAACCCCGGGCCACUGCAGUGAAAGUGCCGAGUCCCAACCACUGGACCGCCAGGGAAUUCCCGUGAUUUCAUUUUUUAAGACAUUCAAAGCCCUUGUUCUGACUCCAGAGGCAUUUGGACUCCUUCCGGAAGCUACACACACGGAGGUUGCCGACCCCUCCUGCUGCACGUGAAAGCGGGGGGUUUGCCUGUCCCUUGGCUGUCGCGUCCUCGGUCACCAGGUUGGGUGGGCUGCUUGUGGGGUGUCGAUGGUCAGGAAGAGGUCACGCGCUGGAGGGAGCCUGAGCAUCCGUCCUGGGCUCCCUGGGCACUGCUCUGGACGCAGCGGACAGUAGUGCUGGUCUGUGACGGAGCGCCUGCUGCCUUCCAGUCCGGGACCUGCGGCAGGACACAGAAAGCUCCUGGCGCCACGUGAGACCAGGUCACCAAGGGCAGACGGUCAGGGAGGCUCUGGUCUGAAGAGGCAUCUGUCUCCCCAGGUGCUGGCUGGCUCUUUUUCAUGUAUAAAUCCUCAGCUUUCGGAACAGCCUAGCAAACAGCGCGAUGCCUGCCACGCUUGCCCGCUUGCGUCCCCCGUCCCAGGCCCACCCACCCCCAGCUUGAGUUCCCAGUUCUUUGCUCUUAACAGCACUUUUUGUGCUUUUAUUUCUAAUGACACGUCGUGUCUGGACACACCUAAGUGCUGCUGGUGGCGCUGUGUCGUGUGUCUCCUUCCGCGACUCGGCCUCAGCACUUCCGACGGCUGUAAGGUUUGCCCGUCGCCCAUGUGCGGCUUCCCUCUGCCCGCUGGGGGCGUCCAUCCCCACCAGCUGCCGUCUGCGUCCCUGUCGACAGGCGCGUAGGUUUUGUUUGGCUUUUGUUCUGCUGCUGGCAAAAAAGUGCCGCGUUGACCCCAUCUGACGGACGCUCUGUCCCCAUGCCACCCCGGCCAUGGGCUCUGCUGACUCUUUCUUACGUUGUUCCCUGUCACUUGCGGUGACUCCUGAAAGGUCCCAUCCCCACCGUUACGGUCUGAAUCUGUUUGCAUCUGUGCUGCCACCUGCUUUCGGCCUGGGACAGUCGGAGGCGCUGGAGCCUCGUGUGCUGGUUGGGCGGGGGUGUGUGUGAUGGAUUCUGCUUCUUCAGAGGCUUCCAACACCCUCCACCCUCGGGGCAGACGGGGCAGAACCUCCAGGGCGGUUGAGAGUACAGCCCAGCACGAUGACCUCGGGGGUCGUGGGUGCCCCCUGGGCGGAGACCCAGCAGAAACGCGAGGAACGACCCGCACAGGACGGACGUGGCGGACAGCCCGGGGCCCGGUGUGGUCAGCAGUGGGGAUGAGUCCCUUGUGGCUUGUUCAUCCAGUGAAAUACCGCACCGUCACCAGCCCGUGCCCCGCCCAGUGCCGCCCGCAUGGCCGCUGCCUCCGUCCCCGCGUCCCUGCCCUGCGCUGCCCGCCGCCCCUGAGAUGUCGGCAUCUGCUAAGCCCGCGGCCCUGGCAGAGCUGGCUCCGGGCCCCGGUGAGAAGCCGGGGGGACGGCCGCUCCUGGCCUGGGACCCCGUGUUCGGCCACCGGAGUGAGAAGAUCGCGUUUGGCCAGAGCGAAGGUGGCCCCGACGAGCAGGUGCUCACGGUCACCGUCACCGAGACGACUGUCAUCGAGGCGGACCUGGGCGUGUGGGGUGCCCGCACCCUCAUCUACCUCACACUCUGGUUCUUCUUCAGCUUCUGCACCCUGUUUCUCAACAAGUACAUCCUGUCCCUGCUGGAAGGGGAGCCCAGCAUGCUAGGGGCCGUGCAGAUGCUGUCUACCACGCUCAUCGGCUGUGUUAAAAUAUUUGUUCCCUGCUGUUUGUAUCAGCACAAAACCCGGCUUUCUUACCCUCCCAACUUCAUCAUGACCAUGUUGUUCGUGGGUCUCAUGAGGUUUGCAACAGUGGUUUUGGGUCUGGUCAGCCUGAAAAAUGUGGCGGUGUCCUUUGCUGAGACGGUGAAGAGCUCGGCUCCCAUCUUCACUGUGAUCCUGUCCCGGACCGUCCUGGGGGAGCACACCGGGCUGCUGGUCAACCUCUCGCUCAUCCCUGUCAUGGGCGGCCUGGCGCUGUGCACGGCCACCGAGAUGAGCUUCAACUUCUUGGGGUUUUCGGCUGCUUUGUCCACCAACAUCAUGGACUGUUUGCAGAACGUUUUCUCCAAAAAGCUCCUCAGCGGAGACAAAUACAGGUUCUCGGCCGCGGAGCUGCAGUUCUACACCAGCGCGGCAGCCGUGGCCAUGCUCGUCCCGGCCUGGAUCUUCUUCAUGUGUCGCCAGCACCGUCAAGCAUGCCCUGUCCAUCUGGCUCAGCGUCAUCGUUUUCGGCAACAGGGUCACCAGCCUGUCAGCCGUGGGCACCGUGCUGGUGACAGCCGGAGUCCUGCUCUACAACAAGGCCAAGCAGCAGCAGCGGCAGGCCAUGCAGAGCCUGGCUGCGGCCACCAGCCAGUCCCCGGAUGGCAGCCCGGAGCCGCUGCUCCCCCCGGACCCCCGGCCACACCACUGAGCCCCGCAGCCUCAGGGGCGCCGCGCACCACGCCCCUCCUUGCCAGCGGGGCACCCCCUUCGCCCCUCCCGCUCCCUGGACGGCAGGCGUGGGGCCUCCGGCUCCACGGGUCACAGUCCGGGUGUGGGAGGUGCAGGUGGGCAGCCUUUCCCGCUCUUUUCUGGGACGUUCGGUCAGAGCUGGGGGAGCUCGAAUCGGGCUCCCAGAUGUCAGCCCCUGGGGCGCAGACCACAGCUGCCACUGAGCCGUUGCCGAGCCACGCGAGAACCUCCUCCCGACGGCCUCUGCGCACCCCCUGCAGCCAGGCCAGGCCCCGACUCCUCUGUGGGUGACGACCGCUGGGGACAGCUGCGAAGCCGGGGCUGCAGCCAGGUGCCAGCGGCCGCCCUCCCUGCUUGUAGCCGGCGGAGAGAACCCGCUUCCCCACGCCAGCCAUCGGUGGCCACCGGAGGUACGUCCGGCUCCUCGGCCGUCAGGGAGUCUGUCCGCUGGGCUCGGACAGGCUGCCCCACUGCCCAGACACGGAGGCCACGGCACCGGGGCACAGAGCGGAGAGGGGACAGCUGGGGUGCAGAGACCUGGGUUCCCUGCUCCUGAGGAUGGAGUGUCCGGCCCCGGCCUCCCGGCCUCCCUGCCUCCCGCCCGAGGCGGAGCUGCCCGCAUCAGCACCACUUAGGGAAGGUCACUCGCGGAGCGAAGGCGGCCCCACCCCUUUCCGUGCCUGCUGCGCUGAGCUUCUCGCCUCCUGAAGGUCCAGCCCUCACCUGUGGCUGGGGCGUCCGCAGAGGCCCAGACGUGGUUUCCAGCCCGAGGCUGCGGGCAGCGCCCCGCGGCGUUUGGCUCAGGGAGGGGGCUCCUGUCCCUUCUGCUCCCCUGGGUGAGAGGCAGGCUGUUCGGAGCGCCCCCGGGGAGCACGCGUCCCCACUCAGCUGGUCAGGAGCCUUGCCUUGUCUCAUCAACGAGGCUUUGAGGAUUUUCCCUCGUGAAUGAUGAGCAGGACGAGUGUGGAAUAUUUACAGUUUUUGUUAUGCUGCGUUUAAAAUGACAGUGCGUUUAAAAUGACAGUACAGUUUUUGUUAUGCUGCGUUUAAAAUGACAGUGUAGGUUUUUAAAAGGAAACACAGGCAUAGGUGGCUUUUGGAACGCAUCGUGUAUGCCAGGUAAACCACAGUCAGACCCGCGGCCCGGGCCGGCCCUCCUCCUCCAGAGCAGACCGACGGACGGCCAGGUGUUUGAGGCCUGGGGUGGGCUGAGGCUCUGCCCCUCGCUUCACCCCUUGCCUCGCAGCCUAUUGGGAUUUCUGAUCGGGACGCAGCCCCCUCCCUCCCACCAGGCUCGAGCUCUGGGGCUUGUCAGGUGCAGCCCUACUCGGGGCCGCAGGCUGGCCACCCGGCCAUCUCCAGCCAGCCUGCAGACAGGGCCACCCGAAGGCACAAAUCGUUCCCUGAGUCUCAGGCAACAGUCCCAGCUGUUCGGGGCCUGGGCUCCCUGAUUGCUUCUCUGGUUUUCCAGUUGGCUUCUCAACUGGAAAAUAUAAAAUAGCCCCUCCUGGAGAGCAAAUCUCUUGGAAACAAAGAGCAAUAACUACAUCUCAUUAAGUUCUGCUAACUUUAAAAAGCUUGUAAUGAUGAUGGAUUAAAAUGAGGCCUUUUAAACUACAAACAACCUUUUUACGAAGCUGACCUCCUGCUCCAGAGGACGGCGGGUCACACGCACCUUCACUGUGCAGGGGUUGCUCGUGUGACUUUCCCAGGUUUUAUCCCUUUCCUUUUUUUCUGCUUCCCCCCAAAACAAAACUAAAGAGGAUUCUUUGGCGGUAGCUGGGGUGGCCGGCUGGUGCAUUGAUCUGUGAGGACCAGAGAGAAAGCGCCGUUUCCCUGGGGCUGCUGCCUCUGCUCAGACUGUGGCCACUGUGCCCACGGCUGAUGGUGAGACGUGAACAGAAGGGGCACACCUGUGGUCGCCCACGGCGGACUGUCAUCUGAGUGUGGUCAGGUGCCAGCCGCCUGUGUCCAAGUGUUGUUAGGGACCUGGGUCCCUGCCUCCCGUGGACGUGCCCCUCCCUCCACUCUCAUCCUGUUUUGAUUUUCUAGAUAUUAGGACCAAGAAAGAUUUUCCUAAAUUAUUAGUAAAUGAGGCAAUUUCUAGCAAAGCUGCUUUUGAGACUUCUCCUCAUCCCGGGUGGGAGACCACAAAACAUGUGCUGCAGCUGCUUUCUGUCUGCAUCUCCACCCCUAAGUCGUCCACAUGUUGGGCGUUUCCGGGACAGCCCUGCGCCGAGAGUCAAAACCCGCAGCCUGGCAAUGGCAUUUGUUUAAUAACCGUACAGACACGUUUUUUAAUUAACUUUGUUUAGUAGUUUUUUAGGAUGUUCUUUUCACUGAACCAUCGCAGGCGUGCUCGUACCAGUGUUGACACUGGGUGUCGUGUGUUACAUUGGGUCCAUUCCUCCUGUGUCUAUGGUCGUUGUCUGUGCCUUUGUAAACAAACGCUUGAACCAGGCUUCUGCAUCUGGUCAUCUGCUUACUUACAUUGAUACUUAGAGAUGUAGAGAUCUCUGGCUUUCAAGGAAAUUUCCACUACUGAGUGGCAUAAAAAAGGCUUUUUUUAAAAAGAAUUCUGAUAGUCAUAAUUUCCUGCAUAUCAGCAUUAAAAUCAUCUGCCUUGGAAAGCUGAGAAUACUCUUGCACAAUCCAAAAUGUGUCUUUAAUUUGUGAAUCAAACAGUAAAAAAUUGCUGCACGAGGAAUAUCAUCCACAUGGAGCCAUGCUCGUCACCGGCCCUUGAAAUACUUUCCCCAAACUGGUGGGCUUUCCCUCCUGUGCGGCGCUGACUGUCCCAUGGAUGGUCAUUUAUAGACGGGCCAGAGGGGAUCAAAGAAAUGCAACAUGUCUUUUUACAUCUGUCCAGGGGCUGUGCUUCCUGAUGCCUGAAAGUAUUUUCACUGUCCCCCUGGGUUGGAAAAAUUAAACAAGGAUGUUAUUACAGGUAGAAACUCUCCUCUCUUUUUGCCUUUGACCAACAUUGUGCUCAGGGCUCUGUUCUUUUCCAAAACACAUGCAUGCCCUGGUUGGGACCUCUUUGUUUUCUUAGUUUAUAAAUAAGAACGUCCCAGCUCCCCUGAAGAGUCUGCCUAUUUCUCUAUCCCGGCUGAGGAGCCGAGAGCAGAGUCAUGAGGUCGUGCUGACCAUCGCUUGGCUUACUCGCCCUGCAGCUCAGGGUGCAAAACCUUCCAGUUUGCUGUCUCUGUAGUAUCUCCUCCUCUUCUCCUGAGGGCUGAGAUUCUGAGUUUGAUGGCCACUGGGUCCAUGCCUAGAUGUCCAAACUGAGUUGGAAACUGUUCUAAUUGGCAAAGUCUUUGGGUUUUUUUGGUUUUUUUCCCCCCAGUUUUCAUCAGAGGAAAACUGGCAUUCAGCUGAUGUGCUAUUUCUAGACUGCAGAUGUGUGAGUAGUGUCUGCACCCGCCCAGGGCAGUGUUGUGGGCACCACGUUGCAGAGGGCCACAGUGAGAGUGACUUUCCCACACUGAAAAACUUGAAAAUUAUAUCAAUAAUUGUCUAUAUCAGAACCAAAUUAUAUGUGCUUUAUACCAAACAAAACUGCGGAGAACUAAAAGUACGUUGUGCAAAAUGUCUAUAGUGUUUUGUAUUUCACCUAUUUCAGUAUUUAUGUGAUUAGAUGAAUUCUUUCUAGAAAAUGGUGGUUAAAUAAUUGUCACUGUUAAUUCUGCUAUGGUAAUACAUCGAUGCUGUACAGUGAAUCCUGUGGAUGCCCCCUGGUUAUUUUUGUCUAAAUUAAGCCACCAUGGUAGCAACUAUCUAGGACUCUUGUUCUGCAAAAGUAAAAUAAAUGUUCAGCGUGUA